ACCUGAAGAUUAUGUCAAAAAUAGACAAUGUAAUUUAAAUGCUUCACACAUAAGGCCACCACAAUACCCAGUGACAGAUCUGCAAUGUAGAACUGGUGAGAAAAAAAGUAAAGAAGCAUGGGAAACAACAUCACAUAGACCAUCAAACUCUACGAGGCAAAGUGGUACAGGGGUCAGCCAAGGAUCCCCCCCAUCAGAAGACCCGAUGAAAUUCCACACAAUCCCAAAGUCUACUGAGUGUGCCUUCUGCUCUCACAGCUCUACAAGGCAGAGUAAUAUGGGGGUCAGCCAGGGAUCCCCCCCAUCAGAAGACCCAAUGAAAUUCCACACAAUCCCAAAGUCUACUGAGUGUGCCUUCUGCUCUCACAGCUCUACAAGGCAGAGUAAUAUGGGGGUCAGCCAAGGAUCCCCCCCAUCAGAAGACCCGAUGAAAUUCCACACAAUCCCAAAGUCUACUGAGUGUGCCUUCUGCUCUCACAGCUCUACAAGGCAGAGUAAUAUGGGGGUCAGCCAAGGAUCCCCCCCAUCAGAAGAUCCAGUGAAAUUCCACACAAUCCCAAAGUCUUCUGAGUGUGCCUUCUGUCCUCCUCACAGCUCUAGGAGGCAAAGUGGUACAUGGGUCAGCCAAGGAUCCCCUCCAUCAGAAGACCCAAUGCAAUUUCACAGAAUCCCAAAGUCUACUGAUUGUGCCUUUUGCUCUCACAGCUCUACAAGGAAGAGUAAUAUGGGGGUCAGCCAAGGAUCCCCCCCAUCAGAAGAUCCAAUGAAAUUCCACACAAUCCCAAAGUCUUCUGAGUGUGCCUUCUGUCCUCCUCACAGCUCUAGGAGGCAAAGUGGUACAUGGGUCAGCCAAGGAUCCCCCCCAUCAGAAGACCCGAUGCAAUUUCACACAAUCCCAGAGUCUUCUGAGUGUCCCUUCUGUCCUCCUCACAACUCUAGGAGGCAAAGUAGCAUGGGGAUCAGCCAAGGAUACCCCCCAAGAGAAGACCUGAUGCAAUCGCACACAAUCCCAAGGUCUUCUGUGGGUGCCUUCUAUUCUCCUCACAGCUCCACGAGACUAGAUUAUUAUGGGCUAAGUCAAAGACACUGUCGAAAAAAACGUAAAUCAGGAUUUCAAUUAUGGCUGGAAUCUGAGCAAAAAAUGGAGAUCUAUCGUGCCAGGGUGGAAGCUUAUGAAUUUCUUCGAUAUGCAUAUCGUCCUCAAAACCCUACCGGCUACAGUUCACUAGAUUACCCAUAUGUAGAUCUGCUACAAGGACUCUAUGAUACCUCAAGUGAUGACGAGUCAGAAAUAACAUUCUAUUGAAAACCAAUAUUUAUGCUGUAAUUACAUGUGCCAUAAAGUGGUGAUAAAAAGCAAUUACUGAAGGACCUUAAGCUGUGAUGUUACAGACUGCAUCAUGAGAGAUCCCACAACUUAUUUUAGCACUGAGGAAAUUUCACUCCUUUAACAGACGUGGUGUACCAGCCAUAUAUGAGAAGACUCUGAAGAGUAACUUCCAUCCACGAAUCCCAACAAGAAUGGACUAAAAUUUCUAAGCAGGAAGAGUUGUUUUGUCAACCACAGAUACCUGAAAUAUUGGAGGCAUAUGCCUUUAACUCACCUGCAAAAGCCCUUUACUUAUGCAAAAAAUAAAAUGUUGGUGAAAAGUU